CUGCGACCAAGUCCCGCCCGCCCGCCGCCUUCCAGGGGAGAGGAGCUUUUUUGAGGGGUGUCCUUUCCCCUCGUCCCAACAGCCCUCCUUUUACGGUUCAUUUUUUGCAGUUUGACGCCUGUCCCUCCCUCCCUCCCCCACCCCUGAGACCCAAGAGACAGACGCCGCCGGAGCUGGCGACACCCGGCGUCCCCGCGCUAGCUCCGCUCCCGGCUGCCGGCCGGUGGCUGGGGGUCGGGGCGGCCAGCCCCUCGUGCCCAUAGACUCUUUUGAUACUGAAGGGAGGUUUGCGUCAACGACUACCUGCUCUGUAAUUACUUUAAAAAAAAAAAACACGGAAAAAGUAAAAAAAAAAAAAUUUUUUUUUUGGUCAUGAAAGCAUGGAGGAGACCCAAAACAAAAUGGAUAUGGGUGGGGACCACAACGAGGGGGUGGAACCGAAGCCUCACAGGUCCCAACCAGCUUGGCUCAUCUCCAGGUGGUCUUAGGCGCCCCCCUCCCCCAGACCCCAGAGAGGGUUAUGGUCACCCGGUGCACACCUGCUGCUCCCAUGCACCUCCCGGCAGCCAGUCUCUGCUGGGAAUUCUCACACUGCCUCCCACAUCUCUGCUGACAACAUGGCGGGGGCCUAAGGCUGCAAAGUACCACUGGCUGGGUGGCCUAAAACAACCGCGUGUAUCACGUGUGGCAGUGCUGGAGGCUUCAAGGCCAAGCUCAGGACAAUCCCUUGUCUCCCACCUUCUGGAUCAGGGACCCGAACUGGGCCUAGAACUUGUUUUUGUUUGGAAUCGUGACCCAGGACGCAUGGCAGGGAGUGUGCCCUCUUCUCUGCAGCUCCAGGAUCUUGCUGCCCUUGGGGAAAGGCACCCUGAUCUUGUGGUAGAAGUGGCCCAUCCCCAAAUAAUCCAUGAAUCUGGGGCACAAAUCUUGCGCCAUGCCAACCUCCUGGUGAGUCCUCUAAACCCACACCCAAGCCCUGACCCCUUCAGCCAUCUGUCCCCUGAACUCAACCCUCCCUACCUUCGUCCACCCCAGGUGGGGUCCCCCUCAGCCCUAGCUAACCAGACCACAGAGAGGCAGCUCCUGGGGGCCUCACACCGCUGGAACCAUGCUGUGUUUGUGGCCCGAGGGGCUCUAUGGGGGACUGAGGACAUCAGCAGAUUGGAUGCAGCUGGAGGCCUCCAGAGCCUCCGUGUCACUAUGGCCACACACCCGGAUGGCUUCCGGCUCCUGGGACCCCUGGCUUCAGCCCACAUCACUGGGCCUCGCACUGUGCUCUAUGAAGGUCCUGUCCGUGGCCUCUGCCCAUUUGCCCCUCGAAACUCCAACACCAUGGCAGCCGCUGCCCUAGCUGCCCCUAGCCUGGGCUUUGACCAUGUGAUCGGGGUGCUUGUGGCAGAUCUCAGCCUCACAGACCUACACGUUGUGGACGUGGAGCUGAAAGGUCCCCCAGGCCCCUCAGGCCGAAGCUUUGCUGUUCACACCCACCGAGAGAACCCUGCUGAGCCGGGCGCUGUGACUGGCUCCGCCACUGUCACAGCCUUCUGGCGCAGCCUCCUGGGUGAGGCUAGACCCUCCUCCGUGCUAGUGGCCCCUCUCCCUGGGCUCUGGGUGCUUGUUCACAGAGGCUGGGGUCUUGGGCUCUGGUUCUAAGUUUUGCUUCUCUCUGUGAGUCUUUAUUUCUGAAUCUUCUUAAUCGUUCCACUCCACAACUUGAAUUUUUGUAUAUGUCUCCAUCUCUGUCCAUGUCCCCUCUGAGUCCCUGUCCCACCUUCUGAAGGCCUCUGUCCAUACCCCAAUCAUCUCUCUAUCCACACCCCAAGUAAGUCUCUAUCUGUCCUUACCACAAGUCUCUGUCUCUGCGUCGCUAUCUGUUCACACCCCAAGCCAGUCUACCCAGGUGUCCACACCCCAAAACUCUCUGGGUUGUCCUCCUUCUUCAUGUUCCUUCCACGCUGGUAGUCCCUUCACUUUUCUGCCCCACCCCCAAGCGUAGGUUUCUUCUCUCCGUCUUUCCCUCGCUCUUUUCCUUCAGUGAUCUUUCAUUGUCCAUCUUCCCCCCUCUCCCUGCAG